UGAAGCCAGAGCCUGGUAGCGGCGUCUGACAGAGUCGCGUAUUCUCCUUCGCUCCUAGCCGGUUUAGGGAGAGCCAACGGUGGGUCGCUGACCAGAUCUCCUUCUCCGCUUCCUCCGCUAACUACGCUGUCGACGGCAGCCCGGGUCGGCCUAAUCUUCUCAACACCGAAAAAUACUCUUCCGCGUCCCUUCCUUUUCCUUCAUAGGAAAUACAUUUUCUUCCCCUUUACCCCCUCCUUUUUAAAAAAAAAAAAAAGCCCCUGCGCCCAUUUUCUUUCUUCACUCUCGCCCCUCGGUUUUUUCCCCCUCUUUCGCAUCGCACAAUGCGGCUGAAGGGCCGGGGAUGCUGCAUCCCGAGCAGAGGCAUCGGAGACGGAGAUAAAGACAGGGGAGAAGGACGCGGGCCGGCCCCUCCACCGAUGCGGAGUCCCUUCGUGCACCAGCUGCACUUCAGCGCCCUCCAAAAAGCAAAGAUUGCCUUCAUGACCUUGACUCUGUUCCCCAUCCGGCUGUUCUUUGCUGCGUUUAUGAUGUUGUUGGCUUGGCCUUUAGCCUUCAUUGCUUCUAUAGGAUCUGCUGAGAAAGGACUAGAAAAGCCUCUGUCGUGGUGGCGAAAAGUUGUUGAUAUCUUGCUGAAAGCAAUUAUGAGGACACUGUGGCUUGCUGGUGGAUUCCAUUGGAUAAAUGUGAAGGGCAGACAGGCAUUGCCCACUGAAGCAGCAAUUCUGACUCUGGCUCCACAUUCAUCAUAUUUUGAUGCGAUACCAGUGACAAUGACUAUGGCUUCCAUUGUUAUGAAAGCUGAAAGCAAAGAUAUUCCUGUCUGGGGAACUUUAAUCAAAUAUAUUCGACCUGUGUUUGUAUCUCGAUCGGAUCAGGAUUCCCGCAGAAAAACUGUUGAGGAAAUAAGACGACGUGCUCAGUCUAAUGGCAAAUGGCCACAGAUAAUGAUAUUCCCAGAAGGAACCUGCACUAAUCGAUCCUGCCUAAUUACAUUCAAACCUGGAGCGUUUAUCCCUGGAGUACCUGUGCAACCAGUGGUUUUACGUUAUCCAAACAAGCUGGAUACAAUUACAUGGACAUGGCAAGGUCCAGGAGCGUUUACAAUUCUGUGGCUUACCUUAUGUCAGUUUCAUAAUUUUGUGGAAAUAGAGUUCCUGCCUGUGUAUAUACCUUCUGAAGAGGAAAAGAAAAACCCAUCUUUGUAUGCGAACAAUGUGAGACGUGUAAUGGCAGAGGCUUUAGGAAUUUCAGUAACAGACUAUACUUUUGAAGAUUGUCAGCUGGCUUUGGCUGAAGGACAGCUCCACCUCCCUUCAAAUACCUGUCUCUUAGAAUUUGCAAAACUUGUAAGAAAUCUUGGGUUGAAGCCAGAGAAACUUGAAAAAGAACUUGAUGCAUACUCAGAACAUGCUAGGAAACUGAAAGGCAAAAAAGUCACUCUCAAGGAAUUUGCUGAGUAUUUGGAAAUCCAAGUUUCAGACAUGUUAGAAAACAUGUUUGCACUUUUUGAAGAGAAGGAAGAUGGUCUGAUGGACAUACGAGAAUAUGUAACAGCUUUGUCGGUAGUCUGUAGACCUUCUAAAACAUUGCAAACAUUACAGAUGGCUUUUAAGAUGUAUCAAUCAGAAACUGGUGGUAUAACAGAACAAGAUUUAACUUGCAUUCUGAAGAGUGCCACGGGUGUUUCAGACCUUAAUGUGUCAAAUCUAUUUAAAGCUAUAGAUGAUAAAGAAAAAGGGGAAAUUGCAUAUGAGGAUUUCCAUCAUUUUACUGAAAUGUACCCAAACUUUGCUGAAGAGUACCUAUAUCCUAAUCAAAUGGAAUCUAAAAGUUCUUUGGAAACCCCUGCUCCUAAUGGCUUCUGUGCAGAUUUCAGCCCAGAAAUUACUGAAGAUAGAAGAAAUAGUCUGCAGAAAAAAAUGAAUUAACAUUAAUAAUUCUGUCAUCCUCUUGUGGUGAGAGGAGUAUGUCCUAUCUAGGGCUUUUCAUAGUCACGCAGCUAUAUAACCUGAAGUAUGUGAGAAGGCUGUACGUGUGUAUGUGUGAGUAAGAGAAG